CUAAAAUAGUUCGAAAUUACCCCAAGUCCAAACUACUAUGUUCAUGAGAUUUAUCUUACCGAUGAAAGUGAUUUUUCAAUAAAUAACAAUUGGCUGCUUGAAAUUAUAACAAACUGCUUUAAAUUUGUACCUCAAAUAUUGUAAUCGCUCAAAUUAUCCCUUUUAACAUGAUAGUAACCUCUGAAAUGACUGCAAAGGAGAUCAUUAAUGAUUUCAAAGAAAAUUAUGCCAAGGUACGUAAACUUCUUGAUGAGGACAGCAAGAAUGAUCCUGAAAAUGAGCCAUACUAUUCUAAAUAUAAAGCUAAAGAAAUUCUCUCUAAUAUGUGUGAUACUCUGAAGAAAAUGAUGACUAAAGAGUCUAAUGUAUGUAGUAUCAAAUUAGAUGCAAUGUUAGGAGCAGUGUUAUUAAAUAUUGGUGUUGUAGAUAUGGAAACUGAAGAAUUACCUUCUAGUGAGAGAGUCUUAACUGAGGCAUUGGAAUUACUGACCCCAAAUUCCACAAAGCCUGAAGUAGUCAUAACAUUGAUUAACAUUUACAAUAAUCUGGGUAUCCUGUGGUCCAAUAGAGAUGAACCAGGAAAAGCCAAAGUGUUUCUUAACAGUGCGAAAGAAUUAUAUGAAACAUUCAAAUGUACUUUGCAAAUGCCUUUACCAAUUGAACACUUAAUCAAUAAUGUAGGAGAAACUGAUGCUGGUGAUUUUAUGCUGUUAGAGAAAGCUCACACGUUGACUCUCUACUAUCUCGCUCAAGUUUAUGGAUCUUUGAAAGAGAAUUUAAAAUCGGCUAUAUAUUGUCAUGUCACUUUGAGGAGGCAAUUGCAGUAUUCUGAUUAUGAACCCAUUGAUUGGGCAUUGAAUUCAGCAACACUAUCACAAUUCUUCGCUGAACAGAAUGGGUUUUAUCAAUCAAGACAUCACCUAGCAGCAGCAUCAACUGUUCUUGAUAAUUAUGAGGAGAAACUUAUGUCUUUGGAAAGCAAUGAAGAUGCAUUUCUUGCAAAAUUAGAGACAUUCAAGCAUAGAUCAGCUGAUGUAGCCAGAUGUUGGGCUAAAUAUUGUCUGUUAGUGAUGACCGCAUCAAAAGCAAGGCUUAUGAGUGAUUCUGAGAGACUCAUGGAUGCUAUAACAGAUAUGUCCAACUUGAAUAUUGAAGAUCAUGAAAACAUCUGUGGUGGUGAUGUGAAAAAUUUAGUUUUCCCAGAUAUUGAUGUGUCCAAGUAUGAAAACAAAAUAGGGGACAAAUUCCUUCUGACUUAUCAAGAUGCAAGGGAGGUGUUUUUGAGUUGUCAGAAUUGGUUGAAUAAAGCCAAAGAGUAUUACAAAUUGGAUUCUUUAGCAUCAGAUUAUAUAGAGCUUAUACAAGAUAGCUCCCAGUCGUACAGCUAUCUUGCUUUCUUUGAGGAAGAUGAUGAAAGGAGGGCAAAAAUGCAUAAAAGAAGAAUAGAUAUGCUCGAAGAACUUGUGAAGGAAAUAAACCCCACAUACUACUUACAGUACUGCAGACAACUUUGGUUUGAACUAGGUGAAGUUUACUCGGACAUCCUGAAUAUUAAACUAGAAAAGCUAAACAAGACUAAGGAGAAACCUACACCGCAUGCUUUGAAGAAAAUUAAUAUGCUGUGUGAGAAAAGCAUAGAGAAUUAUGACCACUUUUUAAAUUCAGUCAAAGACAAAAAUGGAAUGAUGCCAACUAAGCUUGAUUUUGAUCUCAUUCGUCCAGUUAUUAGCGCUUAUGCAUUUAUUGGUAGGAAUAGUAUGAAAAGGAUUGCAGUUGAUAAAAGUGUGCAGCUGAUACAUGUAAAAAAAAGUUAUGAUUCAUACCAAGCUGUAGUUGAUAUUUGUACAAAUGACAAAGACGCCGCUGCCAUGAUGCAAGAGGAAUAUAGCUUAUGUCAGGAGAUGGUAAACAUAUUACCCAUAAAAAUAAAAAGGCUUGAAAUGGAACAGCUAGCAUAAGAAAUUUCAAAAUUGUCAACUAUAGCUAAACACAUAAA